UUACCAUGAUACCAUCACUAGUCAGCAACCACUUCCAUUCGUUUGUUUGGGAAUAAUAGUGGGUGAGGAGAAUGUGCUGGACCGCAAUCAAAAAGAUUCCUUCCCACUUUCGGUAAAUUAGGACGAACGACGGAACGAGGCAUAUAAUAAAUAUUUAUUUGUACAUAUUAUUAGUUCCCCUUUUUAAGUAAAGUUAGGGUUCUUUGUACAUUUUUUUUAAUGACAAGAAUAACCCUCGAGCAACGAGACAGUGACGAGUCGAACGCUGUAACCAAACAGCAACGACAUCUCUUAUCACUUUCUCAUCUUCUUGGAGCCAAGAGAAGAUGGCAUGAUGACCAACUUUGAAGAAAAUCUCUUGCUCGAAUUUACAGAUUAAUCUAGAAAGAUUUGACCCGUUUGUUAGAUUUGUUUGGCCUAUUUUGGGCGGAGCGGGUAUGAGUACUCUAAUCGACCCGACUUGUCUUGAUCCACCCCAUUGUUAGCUCGUUCUUAUCCAAAUUAUAUGUAAACUUCGUCAAAUUACUUAGGAUUUUCCUUUUAUUACCUCAUAGUUUAACUGCCCGUUAGCAGUAUUGUUAGUAAUAUUAACUUGGCAACAUAAUACUGACUAAAAAGAGAUACGUGGUGAACAUUCUAGAAUUUUAGUAUUUUAACCAAGAAAAAAGAGUUACGAAAUUACUAAAAGUAAAAGACAAAUGACAAAUAUUUUAAUACAUUACAAAAAAUUUGGCUAAUAUUUUAUAUUUCGAAAAAUUUGACCAAUUAUUUAGAAAAAUUUGAUUAAUAAAUUGUAUUUGUCCAUAAGCUGAAAGCAUAUGCCUUUUUCUCUCUACGCCAAUACCCGCCAAGAUUUGUGAACUCGAAGAACAAAUCAGAUUGGUUAGGAAAAUUGAAAAAAGUAGUAGGUUGCCAUUAAAUUGACUUACUUGAUCAGUCCAAGACAAAAUACCCAGGGAAAAGUUAAUUACAGAAGGGAACGGAGCAGCGCUUAGGAGAUUAAUUCUUAAGUGAACAGUAAUCGGAGUCAAUUUUUUCGAUGAAAAUGUGGGUUUAGCUACUUUGUAGUAUGCAACAAUAAAAAUAUGUAAAAUGAAUUUGCGCUAUUAAUUUUUAAAUCUGGUCAGUUGCAAUUUUUUUUCCUAAAGUAACUAAUAAAUUUUCAUUUUUGGGCAAAAUACGUUCUAAUAUUUUACAGUCACUUUAAUAAUAUACUCAAAUUGAUCGUUACCGUAUCGAAACCCUAAAAAGUUAAAUAAACAUUUUCACUUCAAUAAAUUAACUUGUCACAAUAACUUGAUUUAUUCAAUACAUGAGUUUUUUUUAAGACAAUGAUUGAUCUUAUUAAUGAAGGAAGGUUGUGAAGACUUGAACACACAACCUUAAUAACAAGCCAGUUCUAAUACCAUGUCAUAAACCAAUUAUUUUCGACAACUCAAAUUGUUGGGAGAGAUCCACGCGUGCAAGGAUCGGACUUUAAUCAAUCUUCUUUACAUCUCGCUCGCUCGCCCCCAUAAUGUCAAUUCGAGUUCGAACCCGAAACCUCCGAUUUCAAAACUAGUGUUAUUAUCACAGUCACCGCACCGUCUGUCCCUCCCCUUAUUAAUACAAGCGAUACAGAGCGAGGGGUAACGUACAACAAUGGAUAACAUACUACUAGAAGUUGGGGCGCAGCAGUUAGCCCCUUGGCUGACCAUGAUCUCGUCCGCAAUAUUCAUCGCCGCCACUAGUGUUUUCCUGGUCUCAAUAUGGACCUGCGUUGUGAAAAGGCCGCCCUCGUCGUCCCCACCAGCAGCUCGGCUGCCUCCAGGGCCAUGGGCGCUUCCUUUGGUCGGGAACCUGCACCAGAUGGCGCUUGGGUCGUCGCUCCCGCACCGGCGCCUGCGGGACCUGGCCAGGCAGUACGGCCCCGUGAUGCGCCUUCGGUUCGGGGAGGUCCCCAUUGUGGUCGUCUCCUCGGCAGAAUGGGCCAAGCUGUUCUUGCAGGCCCACGACGCCAGCUUCGCCGCCCGGCCGCUCCUGCCCGCCGCCAGCAUCGUGUUCUACGGAGGCCGCGACAUCGCGUUCGCGGCCUACGGCGAGUACUGGAGGAAGAUGAGGAAGGUUUGCGAUGUGGGGCUGCUGGGAACCGGGCGGGUGAAGUCGCUGUAUCCCGUCAUGGAGCAAGAGGUGUGCAAGUGGAUUCACGCAUCCAUCUCACGCACCGACAACGCCGGGAUUUCAUCUAAGAGUGACGAGUCCGGAGACCCAGCCCUUUACAGUCUCCCUCCGCCCCCGGCUGGUGCUGAUCAUGAGCCCAUCAACCUGAGCCGAUCGCUGUUCGAUUUGGGGUGUUCCAUCAAUUCGCGUCUGGUCCUGGGGAUGAGCUCUCUGGGGCAGGAGGAAGUUGGGGUGUUCUUCUCGCUGGCGGGCCAGCUGAUGAAGGCCAUGGGAGGGUUCGACCUCGUCGACCUGUUCCCUUCCAGCGAGUUGCUGCGGCGAAUCACGGGAGCCCACGGCGAGCUGAAGAAGCUUCACGCCGCGCUGGAUGCCAUCCUCGAAACCGUAAUCAACGACCACGUAACGAAAAGAUCAGCAGCCAAGAAUAUCGACGAUGAAGAAGAAGAAGAAGAUCUGGUUGAUUUUCUUCUGAAUCUCAAGGAGAACAACGAACAUCGCCAAUCACCCAUCACCAACUCUGACAUUAAAGCUGUCAUCUUGGACCUAUUGAUGGCGGGAACUAGUCCGUGGAUCGCAGUGGUAGAAUGGGCAAUGUCAGAACUGAUGAAACAUCCGAGAAUGAUGGAGAAAGCACAAAAGGAGGUGAGGCACAGGUUUGAUGGACAAGGAGAGAUCGUGGAUGAAGCAGGCAUCAACGAGUUGCAGUAUCUAGAGUUGGUGUUAACAGAGACGCUGAGGUUCCAUUCUCCGGGGCCUUUGAACCUUCCCAGGGAGAAUCAAGAGACGGUGGUGAUCAAUGGGUAUCAGAUUCCGGCCAAGACCAAAGUUAUAUUCAACUCAUGGGCCAUGGGACGAGACCCCGACCACUGGACCAACCCAGAAUGUUUCGAUCCCGAAAGGUUCCUUCAUACCUCCACCGACUACAAGGGCCACCAUUUUGAUCUCAUCCCCUUUGGAGCCGGCCGAAGAAUCUGUCCGGGCAUGCAUUUCGGGACUACCAUCGUCAAGCUCGUGCUCGCGAAUCUGCUCUAUCGUUUCGACUGGGAACUCCCAAAUCAGAUGAAGCCUCCAGAUUUGGACAUGUCGGAGAGGCUUGGCUUGGAUUUGAGGAGGAAAAACGAUCUGGUCCUCGUUCCCAUCCCAUACCACCAUGAGUCGAUCGAGGUAGCUUAGCUUAAUAUAUAAUUGGGGUCGUUCGGAAGUUGCGAUUGUUAGUGUUGUAUUUGUUAAAUACAUGCAUUGUCCACAAUACAACAUUUGGAAGUGUCAAGUUACAAAACAAUGCAUGUAUUGCUUUGUGUGAUUGUUGGUUUAAUAAUUGAGCACCUUUACUUUUUCCAAUUAUGUCCAUAGUUCUUUUUGUUUUAUAUUAAAAGUGAAGAACAAAUAUGACAUUUCCUUCUAAAGUAACUUUAUAAUAAUCAAUUCAUAAAUUAUAAUCUCAACAACCAAACAAUAUAAUUUCAAAAUGCAUCUAUUUGUAUCAAUGCAUGCAUUUAUAUGAUAGUGAUUCAUAACAAUACAACGAUUUAAUAUACGCAACUUCCAAACGACCCCCAGUUUACUUACUAUGGUCAUCGUUUCGUUUCGUUUCUACCCCGACCUCCCUUCGGUGUUCUUUCUCGUUGGCUUAAUUUCACAGUGUGUGUUGUGUUUGAAUUCCACCACUUGAAAUGGAAAUUGGAUGAUGAUGAUGGCUUUACUUUUGUAACAUUUCAGUAGACUACUCUCAUCGACAAAUUAUUUUUUAUGUUAUAGAAAUGCAACUACAAAUAGGGCUGUCCAUUUGGUUUUGGUUUUUUGGUUUUAACCGAAACCAAACCAAUUGGAAAGCUAAUGGUUUCAGUUUUUUGGUUUUAAACCAAUAAGCAACUUAAUGAUUUUGGUUUGGUUAAAACCGAAAAACCAAUAGAAACCAUUAAGAAACCAAUAAGAAUAAACUUAUUUAUCAACAAAUAUUUUUUUUGUUUCUUUUGACACGCAUGCCAACCAAUAAUUGUUAUGACCAUUUACCAUUAUUAUGAGUUUAUUCAAUAAAAAGGUGGGAAAUAGGAAUAAAUAUGAGUGUAUGAGUACAUGGUGGUUUUUUGGUUAUCCAAACCAAAACCAAAACCAGUAAGGCCCUUAAUGGUUUUUGGUUGCCAAAAACCAAUAAGGGCCUUAAUGGUUUUGGUUUUUGGGAUUUGGUUUUUGGUUUUUCAUACUUAAUGGUUUGGUUAACCAAACCAAACCAAAUUGACAGCCCUAGCUACAAAUUGAGUAAUAAUUAAACGAAAAGAUAUAUAGCGUACAAAACGUACUUAUAAUUUUUGAAUUCAAGGAGAGCCAAUGAUAUAGAUUAUGAGAAGCCAUGUACCUUUUUACUUUUCGCGAAAGUUAUAAGAAUAUAACGACAUAAUAACAUGCAAAAGAAUUUCAUUGAUAGUAUGAAUAUCGUGAUAAACGUGCUCAUACUAUGGCCAGACUUUGAAUAAUUUGAUGAAUAAAAUAUUUAUUUGAAA